AUGGCCUAUCAGCUUGAGCUUACGAGGUUAUCCAAUUUCGAAUUUACUCCUUGCUUCACUGACAAUCGACAGAUUCACGUUUAUUAUGCCGUUGAUAAAGAAAAUGCUUCGGAUUGUAAACCAAAACAAGUUGAGGAAGCUGUUAAAGGAUUUAUAGAUAGGCACGGCAAAAGAUUAUGGAGAUUGCGUCUGACCGGAGCCGAAGUUCGUUUCAAAGCUGAAGACCCUACAUUAGGAACAAGUUAUCCUUUACGUGUCAUCAUUAAUAAUGUCUCCGGGUAUGUUGUUAAAGUAGAAACUUAUCAGGAGGUACAGAACUUGAAAGCUGGAUUCUUAAAUCAAUUGGUCGACAGGAAUACUAUGGAAUCGUGCAUCUCAUCAAGUUCAAACCUUAAAUAUUCUAGUAAUGUUUUGGAAGCCAAAGAACUUGUAAUAAUAAUUUACAAGUAUUGGAGCUUUGGAACGAAUUCAUUUGGUAUGGUUGCAAAUAUCUUUACUCUUUUUACCCCCGAAUAUUCCAAAUUGGCGGAAGAAGUUAUAAAUCAUUUUAACGUUGCAUUGAUUGAUAAAGGAAAUCCAAGCAAAUAUAUCGAAUAUCUUUAUCUUGAUUUGGAGACAUAUAAACAAUUACAUCAAAAUGGAAGGAAAUCCGGUUCAGGAUUAAUCGCUCGGAUAGCAUCGCGAGCAUAUGAAGACAUUUUCACAAUAACGUUAGUUACUUGUCGUUCAGUUGGGUCAACCCAUAAUAUUAACGGAGCACCAGCAUUGAAUAAAGUGUUGGGAAGAGAAGUUUAUACAGGAAACUUGGAGGCACAUUAUGCAAUGGCUUUAUUAUGUCCAGCAGUUCGAAAUUCUUCGUUACCAAUAUUUAUGAAUUCAGAUACUUGGGACAGGGAUCUAAUUGGCGUGUAUUUUCAGGUGUCAAAGGGACAUGUUUCAAGAGAUUCUAAAAUAUGUAUCUUAUAUCGUGGAUACACUUACCAACUACAAGCAGUCUGUAUUUGUUUAUAUUGUUCCAAUGGAGAACUUCAUGGUGGUGAUUGGGUUGUAAUGGAUCCUACUAUUAACGAUGAUAUGAUGGAAAUGUACGCCGAUGAAAAAUCAAGAGCUGGAGUACUUGAACCAGAAGGAAUUGUAGAAAUCAAAUUCAGAAAGCCACAAUUGCUCGCAACAAUAGAAAAUGUACCGUAA